UAGGAGGUUUAGCUAGUGCAGCACAUCACCCUGCAGCUGGGAGUACAACUUCUAGUUAAGGGUACUCAUAUAUAAAAACUAGCAACUAGCCAUCUGAAGCUGCAUAACAUCAACCCAUCUCGAAGUCGAACGCCAUAACGUCAACUCAUCUGGUCGAAGUCGAAUGCCAUCUUUUUUUAGCCAGCUUGUUCGACUUGCAAAGAGCUUAUCCGCUAAAAGAUGUUCUCCUAAAAGAUAUGCUCCUGGGUACAAGUACUGGAAGUUAUUAGCACCUCUAAAAAAGUAGAAAUGCAGGGAUAGGCAAUCUGAACCGCAAUGGCUUCUGGCAACCGGUGGACGCACCUGGAGCAAUCAGUUCCUUGUUUCGAGAACAAACCAGG